UGCGGUCUGUAACAAGUUUAAGGUGAACCAUGAGUGCCAGAAACAGAUCCUGCUCUUCCUCCAUUUUCCAAGCAUGCAGUUCAUCAUCCUUUACCAGACAGCCUUCUCGUGUGUUGAUAGUAGAUGCUUCGCCUCCCUGGUGGUCAGAGACAUGUACUAUUCUGUGUCAGGCCCUAGAGAAUUUCUUUUUUCUGGCCAGCAGCCUGGCAGGACCUGCUCGUUUGCCACUGCUAAGCGUCUUUGCCAUCAGUGUACAGCUGGAGUGUCUCUUACCCUUUGUGCAAGUUAAGGGCAAUUUGACACGCCUGCUGUCCUGUAUAGAGGAGCUGCGUUCUCUGCCUCAAGAGGGCUGCGUUCGGCAACGAGGUGCACUUCUUAAACAGGCAGUGCUGGACAGCCUGCAACAGUUUAAACAAUACAUGUGUCAUACAGCUCAUGGGGACUUCAACAGCAACUGUGUGGAGGUGACGGUAUUAACCUGUCAGCCAGGACAGACAGUCCUCCGACAGCUGGAGCAGGGCCUGAUAAACUCUGAUCUGAUUAGUCUGCGCAGGCUUCUAGUGGUUCACAUCACAUUACAGCAGGGUCUCGCAGACAGAUCUCCAGCCUGUAGCCUUGAGACACCAUCUUCAGAAGAUGACCAAGAAGGUAUUGAUUUAGAAAUCAAGGGAUGUGGUGGAAGAUGGGGCAAGUUUAUGUUAGCACAUUUAUAA